AUGCAUGCCCAACUGAAUCAGCACGAAGUUGAAGUCGCUGCAACAACUGAAUAUGUUUUAGCACUACUGCCAAAGCUUCCCAAUGGAGUUGAAUAUUACACAGAACCUUCACUGCGCGAGCUGGCAGCUAAGGAAAAAGCAGGAGCAGGAUUCUGCAGGCGUGUGAAGGACUUUGUUGUGGGAAGGAAGGGUCAUGGAAGCAUCAAGUUUCUUGGAGAAACAGAUGUCUGCCAUCUCGAUGUUGAAUCCAUUGUGCAGUUGAACAAUCGGCAAGUGAUCGUCUAUCCGAACGGGAGAAAGAAGCCACGAGAUGGGGGACAGUGUAACAAGACAGCUGAGGUCACUCUGCUCAAUGUCAAAUGCAUCAUCAAAAAGACAGGAAAGAAGUAUGUUGAAGGGCCUCCAGUUGAGAGUUACAAAGAGAUCUUGGUCAAAAUGAUUCGAGAACGUGGAGCGGAGUUUGAUUCAUAUGAUCCAGUUAAAGGGGAACUGAAAUUUAGGGUUAAACUCUUUUAG